ACUAAAACAAUAAAAAGCUAAUCCACUAACCAUAUUCUCAUCUUGACCUUGCUUUCUUUUUUGUCAGAUACGUACUUGUAUUUCUAAAUUACAUUAGCCCCACUCCAAUAUCAUCGAUUCCUACAAAAGAAAACCAUAUUUAACUUGCUUAGAUUCUCUUUCUUUCAUUCUCUAAUUCUAUAUCUUAAGCAAAAUGCAAAACCCAAUAGACUGAUUUUCAAGUUGAAGAUUCUAGCUAUCUCCUUUAAUCAUUCUCCAUCUCCUCAAUUCCCCACUGUUAAAAACACUAACACACAUAUCCUUCUCCUUCAUUCACUCAAUUCAAAGUCUAUUGAUGUUGGUCUCAGGUUUGUUUUCAGAUGGAUACCUUGUUUAGGCUUGUUAGUCUUCAACAAUCUGAUCAAUCAUUCAAUAACUCUACCAGCAGAACCUCUAGCAGCUCUAGAUCCUCUAGACAAAACAACCACCAUCACUACCAACAAGAAGACGAAGAAUGCUUCAACUUUUUCAUGGAUGAAGAAGACUUCUCUUCGUCUUCUUCUAAGCAUUAUUAUCCUUAUCACCAUCAACAACACACUACUGCUACUACUCCUACCACUACCACCACUAAUACAAGCACUCCUACUAAUCAACAUGCCCUUGAAUCCUCUGACUUCUCUUUCUCACCUACUUGUGAAGUAAAUUUUGAAUUUUCCGGCAACUGGGCUUCUGAUAUCCUCCUCGAAACCGCCCGUGCCAUCGCCGAUAAAAACAGCUCCAGAGUCCAGCAACUCAUGUGGAUGCUUAAUGAACUCGCCUCCCCUUAUGGUGACCCUGACCAAAAGCUUGCCUCCUACUUUCUCCAGGCUUUGUUUAGCCGGAUGACGGAUUCCGGCGAGCGAUGCUACCGUACUUUAGCUUCUGCAUCGGAUAAAACUUGCUCUUUCGAGUCUACUAGAAAAAUGGUAUUGAAGUUUCAAGAGGUGAGUCCUUGGACCACUUUUGGUCACGUAUCUUGUAAUGGUGCAAUCAUGGAAGCAUUUGAAGGUGAAACUAAAUUGCAUAUUAUUGAUAUUAGCAACACAUAUUGCACUCAGUGGCCUACUUUGUUAGAAGCCCUAGCAACCCGUACUGAUGAGACACCACACCUCAGGCUGACCACCGUAGUUGCUAAGAAAACUAGCGGUGGUUGCGGAGGCAACGGAGGUUUAGCUGCAGCCCAGAAAGUAAUGAAAGAAAUCGGAAGCAGAAUGGAAAAAUUUGCUAGGCUUAUGGGCGUGCCAUUUAAAUUCAACGUCAUACACCAUGCAGGUGAUUUAUGUGAUCUAAACCUAGCUGAAUUGGACAUUAAAGACGAUGAAGCUUUAGCCAUCAACUGUGUAGGAUCUCUACACUCAGUUACUUCAGUUGCUAAUCGCAGAGAUUAUAUUAUAUCAAGUUUCAGAAGGUUGCAACCAAGAAUCAUCACCAUUGUUGAAGAAGAAGCUGAUCUUGAUGUGGGUGUUGAUGGGUUAGAUUUCGUAAGAGGUUUCCAAGAAUGCUUGAGAUGGUUUAGGGUUUAUUUCGAGUCAUUGGAAGAAAGCUUUUCAAGAACAAGCAACGAGAGGUUGAUGCUAGAGAGGACUGCAGGACGUGCCAUAGUUGACUUGGUGGCAUGUCCGCCGUCCGAUUCCAUCGAACGGCGGGAAACUGCCACGCGCUGGUCUUCAAGGUUGCAUGCAAGUGGGUUUAGCGCUGUCUUGUUCAGUGAUGAAGUGUGUGAUGAUGUACGCGCCUUGUUGAGAAGGUAUAAGGAAGGUUGGUCAAUGACGCAGUGUAGCGACGCCGGAAUAUUCCUGUGCUGGAAGGACCAGCCUGUAGUGUGGGCUAGUGCAUGGAGGCCUUGAUUAUUGGUGAUGGUUUUAUUAUUUUUGUUAUUAUUUCUUAAUUAAAGUUUGAUGGAGUGAUUAGCACGUGUGAUGUGUUUUUUUGGCACGUGCUGGGGAUGGUUUGUGGGGGAGAGGUUAGAGAUUUGCAUCGAUUUGAAUAGGACUUAAGUAUAUUAAUUUUUAUUAAUCUUUAUUUAUCAAGUAAUUAAAUUAAUUUUAGAAACUGAA